AUGGCGAGUUCUAGCGACGAUGAAGAAGCCAAUAGUUCAGAACGAUUCGAAAAUCUGUGUCGUGAUCUUAACAUGGAUAAGGAGACGAGUCAAGAGGCAUGGACUUCGUACCAGAAAAUUAGCACGAAUUACACUCUAGAGGUACCGUUUAUGUAUGCGUUCGUUACAUAGUUGCUUCGAAUCGUACGUACAUCCCACUCAACGGUUGUCGUUUCGCGGAUAUCAACCGGUUCGUGAUGAGAUCAAGUGCGUUUUGCAAACAUAUUUUUCAAAUUUGAUAACUUUAUCUUUCAGGGGGACAGUCUCCACUGGCUGGCAUGUGCUUUGUACGUCGCCUGUCGUAAGAGUGUUGUUCCAACGGUCGACAGCACUGGAACUGUCGAAGGAAAUUGCGUUUCUCUUACUCGAUUGUUGAGGGCAGCGAAAUUAAGGUAAGCUUUCAGCGUAAUUUUAAAUAUCUAUAAUUAUUUCAGCUUCUCUACUGACAAACAGACCUGUGAUGUAUUGGAUUUUUGUGUCUUUACAGCCUCAUUCAGUUCUUCAAUAAAAUGAAGAAAUGGUUGGACAUGUCGAAUGCUGCGGGAGACUUUCGAAAGAAAAUCGAAUUGCUUGAAAGGAACUUUCACGUCUCGACUGUGAUCUUCAAGAAAUACGAGCCAAUUUUUUUGGAAAUCUUUAAAGAUCCUAGGGAGGAAAACACAAAGACUCAACGAGGCCGAAAAUCUAGGUAAAAACAGUAAGUUUUUGCGUGGCCUUCUGCGAUUGUAUAAACAAUAACGUGACGAUUUAUGUGGCUUGUGAAAAUGUAAGCCUAUCGCGUUCGUCGCUACAGCUGAAAAUCUACGAGUGUUGUUCGUUUCGUGUUUUUCAUUUUCCACAAUUUUUCCCGUGGAAAUAGCUUUGUUAGCAUAUCAGCUGUAAACAUGUGAUAUUCAAAUGAGUAACUCGUGGCUUAUUCACUGCAAUAAUCAUUUGGAAUUCUUUUAUCCUCCGCGCACAGGAAACAACCCUGUUCAGUUGGUGAUGUGUUCGCUUUUUGCUGGACAUUAUAUAUUCAAGCGAAAGGUAAGUGUAUUUACAGAUUUGGUAUACUUUCCUUCUUACUUUCAAAAGAAAUUUGUUUGGCAUUUUUAUCUAUGAAAAAUGCUUACUAUAAUCGGGAAUGAUGCACAAAGGCCGGCCAGGUUCGUGUUCCGUGCCCGUUGGCGCGAAAUUUUACUUGCAUCAUGUAGCAGAAUUAAACUUAAUGUUUAAUUCUUCUCGCAUAGACUUCGUCAUUUAAACACUUACAGAUAAGGGGGUGUUAAAAUUACAACUUCACAGCAAGAUUCCGGUCCGAGAAAUAUCAGGUUUGUCUUUUAGUGCAUAGGCUAGCGGGUAGAAAAAUCCGGUUGUUGAGAAAGUUUUUAAAAUGCCAUACAUGUAUUCCAGAAGACAAAAGAUUUGGUUCCUUGUCCUUUAGCUCGCACGGGAUUCCGAAAUUAACUUGCUGUUAUUCUCUUGGAGAAUUUUGGGGGUGGUGUCUGCAUCUUGUGAAAUUUGAACUUAGUGUGUAAUCAAUAUUCUCCUUUACCGCAAUCUUGUGGGGUAUUUUUUUCUAUUUUUAUUGCUCACGGGCUGACUACCGCUCUGGAAAAGGAAAGGAACAUGUGUAAAUGGCCUAGCUCAUGAUGAUAUGGCACAGUGAUGAAGAAUUGUAGAAAUUAUAAAAGGCUUUUUUUUCCAUGGGCUUUACUCAUAACAAACGUUGUUUAGAGACAGGUUUUGUUGAAUUUUGACUGUUGGCAGUGAGAUCAGUAUAAUUAUGCAACAUAGAAAUGAUGGGCAGAUAUUUAGAGCAUGACCUCAGCCUCAAGCGCAAUCUUUUAUGUUUUGCUCUGAAAAUUGUUUCGCUUAAGGCUAAUUGCUAUUAAGCACAGGAAAUUUGUGCACCAAACAUUUUUGUACAAGGGUAAAUUUGCACCAGAGCGCAACAGAGAGUUUAAACGUUUGCCUUUUCAUUAGUUGCUUUCUUCAGGUUCACUGAACAAGAUUAUUUGAUUGUAAUGCGAGUCUGGGAUUGGGCUGUGUGGGAUCAUCCCACCUGACUCUUGCUGAACCAGAGUGAAGUCUGAGGCAAAUUUAUAUGUCAGUCUUUUGUUUGUAUUUGUUCAUGCUUGAGCAAUAAACUAAGCCAUAAAUUGAUUGAUCGAUGGUUCAGAGACAGCUCAGCAGCACCAAACGUGUUCAGGCACGUUUCCAGGGGUCAUACUCCAAUGAUUAAUAGACUUUUAGUGGUUAGUCUGUUUCUAAGGAAGCUGUCACAAUAUUGAGGUCAGUUUGCUAAGUAGUUAAGAUAUGUUGCUUCAUUCAUGGGCAUGUCUAAACUUGAAUUUUGAUACUGUGCAUUUAAAUCCUCAGCAACGAAAUUGGUCUGUCAAUUUGCAGCAGACAUUUUGACAGAGUGUUGACAAUUUGAAUUAAUUCCUUUGUCAUGAACUUGACCUUUCAGCACAAGCAGGAAUGUUUUAAACAUUGUUUUCCUUAUCUUAAAAUUUUACUAUCAAAUGUUCUGUUUCGCAUGUAUCUUUGAAUAUUUCAGUCAAGUUUCUUUUAUUCUAUAACAGAUUUGACUGAAUUACAUUUCACACUUAAUUACUCUGCGUGAGGUUAAUUUGAUUUUAGCAGUAUUUAAACCACAGAUUUAUUUGUAGUGAUGUUAUCCUUGUAGUAUUUUGUGUCCAUUUUUCAAAACUAAUCAAAGGAUAAAGAAGGUCUGCCAGAGAGUUAAAAUCUUGUUCUUUGCUACCACUUGUUAGUCCCGUUUGUCUUACCAAAAGACAAAAGCUCAGCUGGAAACUUCCUGUGUUUUGCAACAAGUAAUUUAUUCUUUUAUAGAUUUUCUUUUUGUGUGGUUUGUAUUUAUGGCAAUGUUACCAAUUUUGCAUUAUUUUAAACUACUUUUAAAUGGAAAAAGUACUUUUACCAAUUUGAUAGAUGGAUUAAAAAAUCCUGACUAUGUCUGAUUGUUAGAUUUGAAAAUUUUGUGAAAAUGUGAGAGCCUUUCUUUAUCAUUGUCACGCAGAAGUAGUGUUCUGAUCUAGAUGACUGCCUUUUACAUGUAUAACAGUUUUCCAAGGUCAUAUGCAUCACUGUGUUAGGUUUUGAAUUAGAAUAAAGAGCAGAGUAAUAGUUAUGGUAAACUAGAUUGAAACUGUCUUGUGGUUGAUUUAAAGAAUUCUCUGCUACUAAGUAGACCAAUUUUCUGAAUAUUGCUGUAAUUUUGGUACAACACAACUCAGCAUGAACUGCUUUUGAAUCAUGUCUUUAAUUUGAUUUAAGAUCUUAAAUGAGAAGGAAAUUGUAUAAAUCAUAAUAUAGAAGGUAGCCACUACAUUGAAGGAUGCAUUUCUUUGUUUUAUUAUGUCUCUCAGCUAAGAUGUGUGUUAAGAUUGGUCAAUUUAGUGGGCUGUGUUGCACUGUACAGCCCACUAAUUCAAAAGUUUGUUUGAACUAUAAUUUCCAGCUGUUAUUUGAACCCAGAAAUGUAAUGAAUAUCUCACUAACUCUGUCAGUUACUGGGAUCUAUGGCCUGUUUGCUUCAUGCUUGGGGUGUUAAUUUGAGCAGAAAAAACUCAGUCAAUAAGCAAGAGGUAUAUAUGUUCUUGAAAUUUGAUAGCAAACAGAGGUAUCAUGAUGUAAGUGUGUUUCAGAUCAAUAAUUCCUUUUAGUGGAGAAUUUAACACAAUCUUCAUUAAAAAGAAAAACAAAACAAAAAAACAAGAAGUCUUCCCUUGACCCCUUAAUCCUUAAGAGUGACCAGAAUGUAAUUUCUUUCAACAUUACUGUCAAAUCAAAGGAUGAGAUCAAAAGAAUGAUGGAAAUGAUCACCAACUUUAGAAGCUCUUGAUUGUUCAACAAAUUCUCCUUGUCAGUAAAAUGGGAAAUAAAACGACAACAGUAUGGAGAACAUGUAUACUGAUGUAAGGGUGUAAAAUGUUACUGAGAGGUGUUUUUGAGUCACAAAAAUAUAGUUAACAUUGUUGUAGCUGAGUAAACACAGAAUUCCUUUGAGUGACAUGAGUAUUCAUUUCCCUCUACCAUGGUGGAAGGAGAAAGUCAUGACAUGCCAUGUAUUGAUCAACAGGUCACUUUCCUGCAAUCAGUGAUGACCUAGUGAACUCCUACCAUCUGCUUUUAUGUUGCCUGGAUCUCCUUUUUUCAAAUGCACUGUAUGCAAAGAAUCGCCGAGAACUACUGAAUCCAAAGUUUGAAGGUACAGCCUCUCAAUUAACUUCUUUCAAUUUAAUUUCAAUUCUGUAUGACUUAUUAUUUAAGUUGAAAACUAUUAAUGGUAGAGGAACAAGGAUUGAAGUUAUGUUAUAUUUUUUUAAUCCUUUGUAAAGGACUACCUCAAGAUUUUGGUAACAGAGACUUCAAAGUACCAGCUGAAGUGCCUUGUAUUGUUGAAAGCUUGUGCAACAGACAUCAAGGUACCAUAACAUUGGAUUUUUUUUUUCUUGUUUAUUUUACUUCAGCUUAGUAUGGAAUCCACACUUUUCCUAUUGUAAAAUACACAACAGGCCAAUGGGUGGUAUGUUGGAUUAGGGAUUAUAAGUAGGAAAAGUUGAAGUCAAUGUCAUAUGUUUUUGAGAUGAGUAAUCCAUGCAGAAGGCCAUUUCAAAGUUCUAAAAACCAUCACCUUCAAAAGGAGUUUUAAGCGCAAAUCUUUUGUUGUGAAAACAAGUUUUUCUUUUGAUCAAAAAAAGUCACUGUAACAUCAAUGGCCUCAUACUUACCCCUGUAGUGAUGCAAAGCAUAUGAAAAGUAGCUUAGCCUUCCCUUUAUGUUUUAUGUUGGAGGUCACUUAUGCUUAUGAAUAUAAUUCAUCUCCUAUUAGGAAUAAUCUUGGAGGCAAAAGGAAUUAAAGAACAUCACUGGAAGCCCUUUAUAAAGCAACUAUUUGAAAAGAAGGUACUUAUGAGAUGCGAAUUCAGCACAGUUGAUAUCCUUUUUAACUCGUGAAUUGCGCGCAUGCGCAAGAGCGAGUUAUAGAUACCAUGUGGGGAAUGGCAUUCGCUCGCUCGAUUGGUCGAUUCCUGUAAACUUUUUUUAGAUUUUAGGCUUUUGAGUGCAUUUGAUAGUUUUUAGCGAAUAGUAAACAGAAGAAAUGGCGACCUUUGUUGCUAAGAAUAGUGGUGGGGUGAAAAAGAAGCCAAUGAUAAUCUUAAAAGAGUUUUUUUUUUUUUUUUUAGUUUCAACAAGCGGCGCCAGCGACUGGCAGGCAUGCAAGGAUUCACACUGAAAUAACAGAACAACCUUCGUUUUUCAUAAAAUUGUAAUUUACAAUCCUUGAACUCGAAAACAAUCCGAAGAUUCAUUGAAAAUAUUACUUACUGCGAAGCGCUCGAAGUUUACAGAUGUUCAAAAGAUUUUUCUGUUAUAGCGUGAGAUUGAGGACAAAAUUGAUCAUUACGUUUUGUCGCGUGUGUUUUUCCUGUGUGAAGCAACAAAAGAUGCCGGCGACUGACGAAAUUACAAGUUAACACGAAAAUCAGAUAACACCUAAACAAACAAUUUUAGCUACCGAUGUUCAGUGAAUUUUUAAAGAACAGUUUUCUUUUAAGUUUCAAGACAAUUUGAAGAUUCAACAUACAUACAACGUACUAAAAUGCGAAAGUUACACACCACAAAAUUGAUAAAUAGGCCUGAAAUGAAAUUCUAUCUUGUUAUUGAUUAUACGUUGCCUAGCACGUGACUUAAAUCUACCCAGGCAGAGAUCCAAAAUGACGGUGGCAGGCUUGGCUUAGUUAUAUCACUCAAAACUCGUUCCAGUUUGUCUGAUUUGAUAAAAAGGGAAUCGUUAAUGUUUUCAUUAAGACAGUAUUGCCUUGAUUUUCUAAUAUUUAAAAUGAAAGACAGUACAUUUCACUUUUCACCCACAUUUACUUCCAACCUUUUCUUUUGAACCAGAAACAAAAAUAAUAGACGUUUAAAACACAUGACAUCAUCCACCUUGUCAAAUGUAAUAGCAUGAUCAUUUCAAUUGUAAUGCCUUCUUAUCCCAACGUUACUUUGUUUCUUUGCUACAUUAGCGAAUGCUGAACUACUGCUCGUACUCUAGAUAUGACAAUCAACCACAAAAUUCCCUAAACCAGAUAACAUUAAACAUCAUGUGUCAAAAUCAUGUGUCAAUUCACGAGUUUACUCACAGAGCACUUUGAUUUAUGGUUUGGGCAUUAUGGAAUGUUUAUUUCCAUGUUUGAUCAGUUUUUUUUCACCCAAGAGUGUGGAAUAAUGUUUGCAAAAUUUUACUCCAACAGAUAUUGAAGGGUAACGAAGAGAACCUGACAGGAAUUCUGGAUCAAGGCAAUUUUGAAUCAAAUGGGUAAGGCCUGUUCAGUUAUUUACUCCAGGUUUGUCACUGCCUUCUGGUUAAGGGUAUCUACUUUUGGAAAAUUAUGAGUUUUUUUGUAUGCAUCUCAGGAUUCAUAAUUGAUGCCCUUUAAGUUGUGACUGUUUUUGGUGGCUAUGUAGGGUAGUAGAAAACUUGAGUGGCUAAAUUUGUUGUGGAAGCAAGUUUGAAUGGUUUUCUCUUUUGUUUUUUUUGGCUAAAGUAAACAUUUGAAUAAUAUUAAAACACUAGUUUUAAUGUUAUUAGGUUUUUUAUAUUAUCAUACUACUAAAAUACUUUGUUUUCAUUUUUUUUAUAAAUAUUGUUUCAUUUUCAUUUUCAUUAUUUUCCACAUGACUAAAAUUUCAUUCCUGGCAGCCAUUUUGAGCAUUUUCAUUUCCUGUUUGCAGUAUAAUUUAUGGAUAUUAUGUGGAGAAGGUACAUGUCCAGUACUUCUGGGAGUCAGCCCUUUGCACCCUAACAUCAGUAUUCAUAUUCUCCUUACUGUCCUGUAGAUAUUUCCUAAUGUUCUGAAAAGGAGAAUUUGUUCCACAAUCAAGAGAUUCUCUAGUUUGUGAUCAUUUCCUAUAUCCUCAUGACUGUACCCUGUGAUUUUGGGGAGAUAUUGUUGGGAGAAAUUAGAUGUUUGUCACUCUUAGGGACUAAAGGGUGAAGUCCUGUGGCUUGUUAUUUCCCUUGCCGUAUUUCCACCCAGACUGAUGUCUACUCUGUCAACUUUUUGAGUCCUAAAUAAUUGUUUCUGAAAAAUGUCUUCUCCCUUGCACCAGAUGUUUUGAAAAAUUACAGGUUUUGAUCUAAUUUUCUUUUUAUUUCCCAACAGUAAAUCUGUCAACAAAGAGUACGAAGAGUAUGUGUUGUCUGUCGGUGAUUUUGAUGAAAGGAUCUUCUUGGAUGAUGAAGCUCACAUUGAAAUAGGAACCCCAGCCAAGUCUUACACUUUUGCUGAAGUGGAUGAGCAACAAAGGUUCACUAUGAUUCAUUAUUUCUAGAUGGCAAAAUAUUAAAUUUUGAGCUUCUUAGUUCAAAGAAUUCUUCUGCUGUUACAGAACAUCCCACACCCUUAAAGGUACAAUCAUUUACAUGAAUGAACAAUUUCGGACUGCAAUAUCUCAGAUGAUAUGUGUUGCUCAGCACUUUUGGAGUGUAUACUUUCCUGUUGUGAUUGGAAUUUUUUUUAAGCUUUCACAUCACAAACAAUUUAUUACUUCUAAAAAGAUAUUUUUCAUUUGUAGAAUGGGACUAAGGAGGAACUUACAGGAGCACUUUACAAGAGUGAGUAUAUACUUCUUUCGCUUUGGUUUUCAUGAUAAAAUUCCUUGACUAAUGAUUCUUUAUGAAAGAAAGUUUGUUAAAUUUUUAAAGCACUCAUCACUUGGAUAAACUCUUACACAAGUAGGGCAUGUUAAAUGAAGUCAGAGUUAUUUUUGACACUGUGUUUGUUAUCAGACAAGAAGCUUAGCCCCUUCAACACCGCUGACUGGAAGACGUUAUUUAAAGGAGAAAGACCCAAAGUAAGUUUUCCAAUUAUGAAAAAAAUGAAUAGAAGAAAUAAUCAGACUUUUCUCACACACUGCCUAGUUGAAUUUCUCAAUCUAACUAACAGUUGUUAGCGAAAGGCAUAGUGAAUAAUGUUGAAUAAUCCAUUUGACACAGUCAAGGGUAUUAUUCAACAAUUUUCACUGAGCUUGAGGAGAAUAAUUAUUUUAGUAUAAUUACAUAUGUACUAUCAAAUUCUGUGGUAAAUUCCAUAAGUAAAGAGAACAUUGAGCUUUUUUUUUUUCUGAAUUGUGUCAAUUAUUUGUAUCAAGAUAAGCAAGCAGUCUUAACAAACAGUUAACCCUUUAACUUCCAGAUCAAAUUUGAAAAUCUCCUUACUGUCAACCAUGUGAUUCAUAUUAUGUUACUUCAGAGAAUUUAGUAUUGGAUCAAGUAAUUAUCCUAAAAUUGAUAUUUUUCUCCAUUCUCAUCACUUACCUGUUUGACAUUGUAUUGAUAUUGUGCAAAGAAGAAAUUCUGUCUUGGUCACUCAUGGGAGUUAAAGGGUUCAUUCAGUCAGCAAAAAAUCCCCUGGAUCUCACUGGAGUGACAGAAAAAUACAUUUUCUGCUUAUUUCUUUUACUCAGCUAGUUGGAAUAAAAAAUGUAUGAUAGAGUGUACUUGCUGUUCAUUGGAACAAAGUUAUCUGGGUAUGGUCAAUCUCAAUAUGUCAACAUGUAUAGAUUAUGUGACUUUUUUAUUUGCAGUUGUUAACAUGCAUUCUUUCUGUUACAUAGGAUAACUCCUGUUUCAACAGCAACACAAUCAGUCAGUAGACUACAAGCUCUUUUGUCAGGUUUGAAGGCAGGACCAAGUGAUGGCCUUCUGAAAAUAUUCUCGUAAGUUUGCAACUUAUUGUGAAAUAGUAGUUUUCCUGCAACCAUAACUGCGUGCAGUCUGAAAGGGAUUUAACUUGCAGGCACAAGAUGACACCCUGAAAAAACUCAAACCUUAAAGAAAGCUACCAGAGUGCAAUAGGAUGUAGACCUACUAAGUUUUAUUCACAGUUUGUUAAUUUUUUUUCGUCACAGGGAAUGCAGUAGAAACCCUCAAGAAGCCAUUGAAAGUCGUGUCAGCACACUUGGGGAGACAUUCUUAAGAGAAUAUGUACAGGUAUGAGCUACUUGGACUUGAAAUUAAUUUUUGUGCAAUCCGGUUGCUAUAGCAUACUGCAGUGAAUAUCAUUUUGUGAGUUAAUUUUCAUUUGUUCUUAUUGCUGCUUUUUUAAAUCUUGUUACAGCCAUCUCCUGAUAGACCUAAGUCUCCUUGCUCAACAAGAGAAUUUGCAACCAAGAGAUUAAAACUUGCUGAAAUUUUGUACUACAAGGUAAGAAAAGACAUUUUUUUGUACUGUUAGUCUAUAAAUGUGGUAUUCUACAACCAAACAAUAGCUUUCUUAUUUUUAUGUUGAUACUCUUCAUUUACUGUUGAAGGAGCCAUGCUAUGAGAUUUUUCUACCUUCUUUUGAGCUGUACCUAUCUGUCAUCAAAUCAGUGGCUACCAUGAAUCGUAAACGUAUAAUGAAAUAGAGAUGAAAAACACUCGUCUAUUAAUUUUUUAAGUGGCAACGAUAGAAAGAAGGAAAAAAGAUAAUUGAGGGUGGAGAAGGGUUGGCAAACUUUUAAAGUAUAAAGUUGAGACAAUUUUAAAAUUUGCAGAAAACAGUAACAAGCUAUCUUAGAGUAUUAAAUGGACCUCUUUUAGUUUGUAUGAUUGUGUUUCCAAUGUACAGUAGAUCAUGUGAUAAUAUUGUAGAGAGCUGUUUCUAUCAAACUUCCUUGUUACCAGCAUAAGCUCAAGUAAUUUACAAAAGGUAUCAGGAAAAUUUCUUUGAGACCUUCAUUGGGAAAACAAAAUACACAAGCUAUUAGUACAGUGUAUUAGCAUUGGAAGUCUAUUACAUAGUAGAGAUUAAGAUAUAUAGGCAAAGAGUGGUUCAAAAUGAAAUGAAUAUAUUUGCAGGUUCUUGAAAGUAUAACUCUGCUGGAAAAGAAAAGGUUACAAGGACACCUUGAUUUAACUGUGAGUGAACAUAUUAAAUUGCAUUGCAAGGGUCAGUUGGAGAAGCAAUAAUUACAUUUUUGUUCGAUUUUGGAGAGCUUUAAAUCAUAUUUCAUUACUUUUCACAGGGUUUGUUGGAGCAAGAUAACUUUCAUUGUUCCUUGAUGGCCUGUUGUUUGGAAAUCAUAAUUUUCUCUUACAACUCUCAAAGGUAACUGUCUAACUAAAUCUGAAAUAAACAAAAUAGCCAAUCAGAGGAACCAAAAGUAGUGGUGCCUUGUAAAAUUUUUAUCUUAAGAUGUGCAUUCUUUUAUUCAGAACUAGAAUUUCCAUGGUUUAAAAGUGUUUGAAGUGAGUGCUGGUACUUCUUAAUUAGAAGUAAAAUAGGUUUAGAAGGGUAAUUUACAUUUUUGAUACUUAAGUAGUGCAGCAGUUGGUGAUCUCAAAAUUAACAGUUGUAAAUCACAAACCUUAAAUGGGCAGAAUUAAUGGCUUUAGCUUGAGAGUUAAAUUUGUUUGCUUGAGUCUCAUGCUUUAGCACUCAUGCAGAGCUGUCAAGUAUUACGCUCAAUGGAUGAGACUUGAGCAUUCAUGCAGAGUGCUCAAGUCCCCAGCUCAAUGCUUAAAACUUGACUGAUCUGCAUGGGUGUGCAAGGUACCCUUAGUUUUGGUUUUGAAUCCUACUGGUUGGCAAGGUGGUACAAGUUUCUUGAUUAAACACAUACUAAAUUAAAGUAUAACCAAAGCAAUUGCGUAUUUCUUUUACACUUAAUCAAAAUUUGCUCCAUAUAUCUGUAUUUUUUAAUACAAUUAACCUUCUUUUUUGUUAUUAUUUCACCAUUAGGACUUUCCCUUGGGUGAUUGAAAUCUUUGAAAUCAGUCCUUUCUCAUUCUACAAAAUUAUCGAAGUUUUCAUCAAAGCUGAAGAUGGGCUGUCAAGAGAUGUCGUGAAGCAUCUUAAUCAUGUGAGUUGUAGAUGACCAGAGUAUCAGAACAGAUUUGAUCUUUUUCCUGUAGUAAAAAAAUUGUUAGCUCCUUUACACCCUUUACAACCUAACAUAUGUAUGCAGUCUCCAUACUGUUCUCUAUACAUUUCUUAAGGAUUAUUUUACAAUUGAGAGCUUCUUUUAGUUGGUGAUGAUUUCCAUUAUUUAUUUAUUUAUUUAUUAUUUAUUUAUUAUUUAUUUAUUUUAUUUAUUAAAUAAAUUAAAUAAAUUAUUUAUUAUUUAAGUUGGUGAUGAUUUCCAUUAUUCUCAUGACCUUUAUGUGUGAUUUGACUGACUGAUGGUGCAGAAGAAGAGAUAAUUGUUAUCUUUAUGAUAUAUUUGUUUGGGUUAUGUACAUGUAAGUAACACGAGAUAGGAAAACUGAAAAAUAUUACCCAUUGAAAAAGUUUUAUUGAGAAAAUGUUGAACCACAAUAUAUUAAGGAAGUUGUUGCUUUUAAAUCAGCACAAGGAGCUCCCACAGUGAUUUCAAAAUACUACUUAUUGCAAGAUCAAAUGUACCUGGCUGUAUAACAAAAUAGAAGUGCAGUCUUUUUUGUUUUGUUUUGUGUUUUGUGUUUUUUGUUUUUUGUUCCAAUGGAACAAUAUAGAUGUUUGAAUGCAUAUUGUGUAAUAAAACUAUCUUGUCCAAAUUUUAAUCAGUUCAUGUGCUUUUUUCAACCAGAUAGAGGAACAGAUUCUAGAAUGCCUUGCAUGGAGCCAUGAUUCACCUCUUUGGUAUUCAAUCCAACAAGCUGGCUCUGUUCCUUCAUGUGAAGAUGUAUCCCUGCCUUACCAAACAGAAUCCGUGCACACCACUCAAAACUUGCUAGCUUCACCAAUUAUCCACCCUCGUGUUCAAAGGAUAUGUGGAGAAGAAGGAGCUGCAAGGAGAGGUGAAUUACAACACCAUUUUUAUUUUCCGUCUAUGUCUGUCUUUCCUAAGAAGCAAGAUAAGUUUGUUGAAUUUUUUAAAUCAUUGGUUACUACCUUUCCAUGGAUUGUUAUCUGCCAUAUUUCAACCAUAUUUACACCAUAGUAGGUGUAUUUCAGACCAGCUUUUAGUGGCUCUCACAAUUUUUUUUCCCAUUAUCCUUAAAUUUAACAACUUUCCUCUCCUCUACAAUUUUUUUCAGGACCUUUUUAUUUGUGUUGGAAUGUUAUUGUUUGCUGAUUUUUUAGCCUCUUGAUGGAAAUUAACCCUUUAACUCCUAGAAGUGAUCAACAUGAAACUUCUCUCUAUAAUAUCCUUACAUUUUCCAGCAAAUAGGUAAUGAGAAUAUUCAAGCUUAUCAGUUAGAAGUUGUUAUCUUGAUCUAACACUAAAUUCUCAUUACUAAUUUACUAGGGAAUGUGUAGCAGCUUGAGGGGAGAAUUACCAAUUUGAUUUUGGGAGUGAAAGGGUUGAAUGUUGUUUCCCUAAGGUUAAGUGUCUAAAUGUGACCUGAUUUACAUUGCUCCUCCUUGCCAUUUUGUUUUCUUAGUUUUACCAUCGCCAAGCUCACCUUCAGCCCAUGAUGUCUUUAGUUCGCCAGUCACCCCAAGCAGUGGUGCACGGCGUAAUCUCAUGGUCAACUUUGGCAGCUCCUCUCCUGCACAGACUGCCCAGCCAGUGACACUGUCACCCACAACACGCCAGACAACUGCAAGGAAUGCACCUACUUGUAAGCUUAAUUUUCAGAUUUCUAGGAUCAGUGUUAAUGCAUCCUGUACAACCCUAAAAGAGAACUACCACACAGAAUUUUUUUGUUACAUUUUGAUGACCUGAGCUAUAUAUUCAAACAAGAGAACUCUUCGCAGCCUUUUCAUGCUAUUCUCCUGCAUUUAGGUUUUUAAUGCAAACUCUUUGAUUCUUGUUUCAGUUAUCAUUACCCCAGCUCCUGGAAAUAGUGGUGGUUUUUUAGUUAAUCAAGCCGUAGUGUUGCCGAACACUUCAACUACAGUACAAGUGACUUCUCCUCAGGCUGGUAGUGUAUUAACAACCAGCAGUACUACAGCAUCACCAACAUCCAGUCCAGUGAGACCAUCAUCAACACCAACUACACCUAAGGGGAAGGUUGUAACUCCAACUAAACCCAAGAAGACUGGUUCCUUGGCAUUAUUUUUCAGAAAGGUAAUGUGAGAACCGCCUUAACUGCAAACCCUGCUCAAAGAACGUUAUAUUCAAAAUUUUGGAAAUGAGAAGUUUUCCAAAGCUAUAAGUGUGUCAGGUGUAAUUAUACAUAUUGAAGGUAUAUAUAUCUCCUUACAUUUGUCUUUAACAUUACCCAAGUACAGUGCUUGGUUAACUUUCUUAAUGAUUUCUGCUUUCCUUUCCAAAGAAAAGCUUACAAAACUGGAGAAUUACCCUCUGCCUCUUCAAGCUUGCUUGCAAAGGUCAUCCAUUCUCUUCUGAUGAACUUUCUCUUGUUGAUUUACAGGUUUAUCAUCUUUCCAGUGUUCGCCUGAGAGACUUGUGUACAAAGCUGGAUGUCCAUGAGGAGCUCCGUCUAAAGUAAGCUCACACUUGUGCCCACUUAAUAUCUGUCUCCUGAUUAUCUCAAAACCCUUCUGAGGAGCCACUGUGAGGCUCACUUAUUACCAAGGCUUACUGAAAGGGGCCUAUUAAAGAAGGGGUUCUUACAAGAUUAGGAAGGGGGGGACCUCUUCAAAAUCUUGUCAGCCAAAAUUUGUUAUUUUACUUGGGAAUUGUUGCCCAGAUUUAAUGAAUACCACUUAUAGUGUGAGUGGGAGAUGCUGUGGCCUAUUGGUUAUUAUGCUGGACUCCAGGUCGGGAUGUCUAGUUUUGAGACCUGGCCAGGUCAUUGUGUUUUGUUAUGGGACAAAUUGUUUCACUGUCACAGUGUCUCUCUCCACCCAGGAGUAUAAAGGGUACUGGUAUUGUCAGGGAAGGAGGAUAAAAUGCUAGUGGGUAACCUUAUGAUGGAUUGGCAUCCUAUCCUAGGGGGAGUUGUAUUACUCUUAGUUGCUUCAUGCUAUGGAAACCUGGAUAAACUUUAGCUGGAUGGGCCACUUGGCUCCAGCACAGGCUUUGCCUACCCUAAUACAGUAUGCAAUUCUUUGGUUGAAAACCUACAGCGAUAAACGUGGAAAGUGAUAUUGGCUAUCAGCAUCGCAGAGGUCAUGGGUUCAAAUCCCAUACAGGCCUGAAUUUUUUUCAGAUCUUAUUUCAACUACCAGUUCAGUAGUGUUUAUAGCUGCAAGGAUCUCUUAUAUUCGUUUUUUCACUGCAGUGCACACAUAUGAUUUUCAUAUAUCUACAAUCAUUAUCUAUGUUUUUUGUUCUUCUCACCUGGUGUAUGAUAUAUUUUACCAAUUCCAACUGUUAACCCAUUGCUGUUUUACAGGAUGUGGACAUGCUUUGAACAUACACUGAUGAAUGUGACAGAGCUGAUGAAGGACAGACACAUUGAUCAGAUAUUGAUGUGUUGUAUUUAUGUCAUGGGCAAGGUAAUCCAUUUUUUUCUGUGAGUAGAACCUUGUCUUGUGUGUAGUUUCUUGUUGUAAGGGGUAAGCUUUUGAAAUCUGAAGGAACAUUAUAGUACCCAUAUGUUAUCCAGCAAACAGCAGUAGGUAACAAGAAUAUGGAACUUAUUUUGAUCUAACAGUGCCAAACUCUUGUAACUAAUUUACAAGGAAAAGUGUAACAAAUGAAGGGGAGAAUCUACUGUUAGUUCUUGGGAAUUAAAGGGUUAAACCUACUGUAGUUCUUCCAGGUAGAGCAUAUCUGCUUCUCUAAGGUAGGGUGUCAAUACUUGUACAUUCAUGCGUCAGCUGACAUGUUCAUCUUGUUCAUUUUUCAGGUCACAAAUGCUGAUCUUUCAUUCCAAAACAUCAUGAAGUGUUACCGCACUCAGCCGCAAGCUGUCAGCCAUGUAAGGGUCUUUAAAAUAAUAACCUCAAUUUUUUAAUCUCUCUCAAGGUUUACUAUGUGAUUAAAAGGUAACUUUCUCAAACCCUAAAGGUUUACAGAAGUGUGCUUCUCAGAGGAAGAAGAAGAGCUCCUCUUGGCAGCAGUGGCAGCGAUGGUGGAGCAAGAGGUGAGAUUAAGAAUUGUUUUGAGUAUCGGUGUUCUUUUGUUUAUGUUAGGAUUUGUUGAAGCCUACCUAUGGAUAUUUCAGGUUUCAGAGCAGGAAGUGACUUUCACAAAUUUGAAAUUUGGCUGCACUGAUCUCUUUUUUGUCAACUCUUCCUUUUGGAUACAAAUGGCAUUUUAGCAUCUCUGUUGGAAGACUUGCCCCAGUCAGGGAUAGUCAGGGAGACCUGCUUAAUGUCAGGUUUUUUUGUGCCCAUUACUUUGUCAAUUGUGAUCUAAGACAGAAAAGAAGUAUUUUAAACUGAUUCUGACAUCAAUGUCUGGCUUUAAAAAAAAGUUACUGGUACUCUUAUAUUUCCCAAAAUGUCAAAAAUCACAUCUCAGAGAAUUUCAAAAUUCACUUUUUUUUGUGUGUGGUGUGUAUGUUUGUAAAGGGGGGGAGGAGGGAAAGAAAGACAUGCUCCCAAACCCCUUGUUGAAAGGUGCAUUGCUUUGCAACCUACCAUGCUUCCUAUGCAAGCAUAAUUCAAUUCAGCUGCCAGCUCAGUUCAGAUCAUACAUUUAUCUCAUUUUCUAACAUCAACUCUGCCUGUAAUGGGAAGAGAAAUUUGUAGGUAGAGAAAAAUCCCAUGGGAUCACCACAGAUAUUGUAAUGGUAUUUUAGCUCUUCACACUUUUUUUGGUAAUUUAUUAACAGGUAUUAAAAGUGAACCAGGUAGUAGUGGACCUGCCAGCCCAGUACAAGGUUCCAGUAGUGCAAGAGCAAGCCCAAUAAGGAGUGUAAGCACUGUGCCAUCCACUCCCCCUCCAAACAGCGCUUCAAAUUCUGGAUCCAGUAGUACAGAAAACAGUCCAAACAUUGAUGGUGAAAGAGGAGAUCUCAUUGAGUUUUACAACAAGGUAAUGACAAGUAGAUCUAUUUUUCUUGAGUUACAUCAGCACUCAAAUGGAAUUCAAAACUUGGCUCUCAAAAUUGUAGAGACUGAGACUGAGUUUUGAUUUUUGAGAAGAAACUCUGUCACUAAUUCUUUCCACUGAAGAUUCUUUUGGGAUUAAAACAAUCAAAAUGAAAAUUUGUACCCAAAAUUUGCCAAAUAUUUUGACAAAAAUCUAAUGGAUAACCACUUAUCUUCAUCAAUUUUUUUUUAAUCAGGUGUUCAUUAAAAGAGUAAAGAAUUUUGCCCUCAAGUUCUCUUCUGGAGACAGAGCAGUAAGUGAAGUUACAUAGUUACAUGAUAUUUUUUUACAAUCUCCUUUUGGUAUAUGAUAAAAAUUUUGAAAUUUUUAAUGAUGGUAAGUGAUCUUAAAAAGCAACUCAGGCAAAUGAUUUUAGUGAAAUGAAAUUAAUGCUUUUCCUGGUCCAGACAGCAAGCAAGUGAUUCAAAACAGUGAUUGUUUAUUCCAAGAUUUACUGAUGGUUCCAUUUCUUUUCUUUAGACGGAUUCUCCUCCCCUGUCUCCCCUACCAGUCAUGAAAAACCAAGCACACUCACCACGACGCAAAGUUUCAACCCGAUAUCCAGUGUAUAUUUCACCUCACAAGAAUGGUAAGUUGUUUUCUGUAUGAAAACUGCAACAAUGAAAAAUACUGCCUCUUAAGCAUUUUUUGAAGAUAAAGAGAGUAUUGAGAGUCCAUAAAUUAGUUUGAUCUUCCAAGGUCAGCUACCUGGCAUGCCCACCCAUAUCAGUCAGUAGUGAACAUAUAAGCUUGUUCUCUAGAGUUUACUUUGAAGAGAGUGGGGAGAAGAGAGAAAAGAGAAGAGAGUGGGGAGAAGAGAGAAAAGAGAAGAGAGUGGGGAGAAGAGAGUGGGGAGAAGAGAGUGGGGAGAAGAGAGUGGGGAGAAGAGAGUGGGGAGAAGAGAGAAAAGAGAAGAGAGUGGGGAGAAGAGAGAAAAGAGAAGAGAGUGGGGAGAAGAGAGAAAACAGAAAAAAGAGAAGACUAUAAGAAUGUAGACAGAGUGCAGUAGUGUAUUCCUGUAUAAAAACUGCACCAAUGAAAAAUGCUGUCUCUUUAGCUGAAUGUGAAGAUAAAGUGGAUGUCAAUGGUUGAGUAUUAAGAGUCCUUAAAUUAGGAUGCAGAGGACAAGAAGACAAAAGAGAUGGACUCUAACAUUUGUUUCCAGACAUUAUAUGAAAUCCCUCAAAAGAAAUUUCCACGAAAUACUAUGGAUAUGAAAUGAAUUUUGGAUAAAAAGCUUGAUAAAUGAUAAAUUUUAGUCCACAGAAGUGGAAAAAGUAAUGUUUUUCUUUUAUUUCUCAGGAGUGUCAAUGACACCAACAACACGAAUGUUGUACUGUUUUAAAGAAAGUCCAGCCGAGGUAAAUAACAUUUUGUUUUGUUGUUAAAGUUUUUAUCGUGGUAAUUAUAAGUGUUAGUUACCCUCCUUCCUAUUAUGAUAAUUUUUCUGAUCCACAUCUUUCAAAGAUAAUACAUUAGACAUAGGUGAAACAGAAAGAAACUCUCAAGGCAUAAAGGGCACUGAAGAAGGAUUGUGUCCAUACCUGAAAAGCAAAUGGAAUUGCCACAGUUGCUUCUCAAAGAUUACUAAAUACAUAGUUUAAAUAAUUUUAAAAUAAAUCAUUCUUCCUCUUUCAUUUUGAAAAACUUGUUUUCCGUUACUUGCAACAAUUCCAGCUUCAUGGUUUGAAGGUUAAAACUCAAUCUCAUGUUGGGCAGGGCAGGCCACAUAUCUUUGAAUAGGAAGUAAACUAUGGAUACCCAGGACUGUAGCUUUCAAGUUUAUAAGGUGUUAUGCAGUUAUUCUCAUUGUGUAUUUUAUUAUCUGCAGAAGCUACGAGAUAUCAAUUAUAUGCUGAAGCAAGGUGGUGGGGAGACAAGUCGUAAGAGAGCUCUUUUGCAAGAUGAUCAGAGCAGUCAUCCACCUGCUAAACGAACAGCUUCAGAGGAGGUGUUACAACGAAAACUAACCAGUAUGCUUGAGGAACGGCAAGCAUCAGCCUCCAGAUAAUCAUGAAAUUGUAAAUGGUGGAUUGGUUAAUUUUGGUAUACUUUUGACCAAGUAAUACUGAAUUGCUGCAGUAGUUUACUAUCCUUUACAUUUUGUUUUGGGUUUGUUUGUUUUUAUCACCAUCAGUGGCAUUGGACACAUAAGUUCUUGUAGACCAUUUAAUUAUGAUAUUUUAACCCACUCACAAUUUUUUAAGUUCUUUGUGUCCAUUUUGCUUGUUAAACUUUGCAGCCAUUUAGUUCUGCAACAAUUCAGAAAAGGUUACUCUCUUAGUAAUGAUCACUAUUAAAUUAUUAGUCAUUAAAUCUAUCCUAAGCUUUCUUCUUAAAUUAUAUCUGAAAAUAUGGUUUUAUGAAAUUUAUGUAAAUUAAACAACUGACUGGAAAAAAAAUUAUUUACUGCGUCUGCUUAUCUGAACCAUUAAUAAAAUUACUGCCUAUUAUUUUACCUCUCAGAUGAUGUGUAAAUGUGUUAUAAUCUCUUGUGAAGCAAGUUUCAUUAAGAGUGUUGUUGUAGGAACCUUUGAUCAAUCCUUUUUUGGAAAUCUUAAUUUUCAUUUUAAUAUGAAGUAUUAAACAUUUAUAAUUUUGUAUUAUUAAGUUUAAUUAUGGUUCUUUUGUUGUAACUGUCAAUCAUAAUUGGUCAAAUGAUACACUCAACUUCUGGCAUUAGCUUAAAGAGAUGGCUUUAACAUAGUAAUUUAAGUUUACUUGACUCUAAAUUCAUUCACAGCUGGCACAUUUAGCAGUCUGAUUUUAAUGCUAAUUACAAAUGUUGAUAUAAUAAUUUUUUGUUUUUAGUCACCAAUAAGUAAAAAUAAUUGCCAAUGAAUAGGUCAACAGGAGAAUCCCAUUGUUCUCUGUGAUAAGAUUGGUGCAUUUUUCUCACUUGAUUUCAAAAUCAGUUUUCAUACAUACAACAAUAAAAUCACACUAAGUUAUACAAUUAUAAAAUUUGUAUAAUUUUUUUGUCUAAAAAGAAUUUUUUCCAAACGAAGACCUUCUGUUUCAUUCUUUUAACGUCAUUGAAGUUUUAUCCUAUUGAAAGACUGAAUUAAAUUGCAUUUGAUAAAUUUCACACAAAAAAAGUUGCAAUUAAGCUUGUAUCAAACUGUUCUUCAGGAUUUAUAGCCUAAGGAGUUGGUAAAUAAAAACAUUGUUGAAGUAAUGUGUAUAUUGAGGAGGUAGCAACCCUUAAGCAAGGUUUAGAAGUCACACCCUUGACCCUUAAACUUUCAGAGGUGAUGAUUUGUAACUUCUCACAUUUUAAACACAUUUUUCAGCAAAUAGCCUAGGAGAAUAGAUGAGCUUAUCAGCUAUAGGGUGUUAACUUGAUUUAAAAACUGUUUACUGUCUUCUAGCAUUCAAAUUUGGAAAUAACAUUGACUGCCCUCAAAAAAAACUAUGAUACAUUUAAAUCAAGAGGCUUAUUUCGUAUUUGAAGGUUGCAAAGUUGAAAAGAUUUGGUUUCCUUCCUUAACAAUGAUCUACAUUAACAUUUUCUAACAAAUAAUUAAAACUACAAAACACAAAAAAUUGUCAAUUAGAGAAAUCAAACCUUAUACCCACAAAAUUUUCAUGCCACGUGUUGAUGAAUUUGCAAAUUUGCAGCUACAGAGGUGAAUUACAAAUGAGACGUUUGGAGGUAAACAGUUAACGUAUCAGUUUCUGUUCUCUGCCACUUGGGCCAGGGAAUGUUAAUCAGUUGGAAAAGGUUUAUCCCUCCACUUUCUUGUCCAUUUUUUUAGGCCAAAAAAGUAGAAUUAGGAUUAAUUUAACUUAUCUGAUAUAAAUGGAAGUAUUUAAAUUUUAGCAGACUUCAGCUGCAAAGCUUGUUUCCGUUUUAGGGAACUUUCAUUGUUUAGUAGCAGAACCUUUUAAGUUUUAGCUGUUCCAUAGUUAGAAUGCUUGGAAUCAUUUAUUAGAGUGACUGAUAAAAAUUAACUUUGAAUAUGCAUGUUACAAAAGAGGCUAGGAAAGCAAGUAAACCUGUUUAGUGUCUUGGGAAAAAUAAGUUUGCAUGCUCUUAAGGAGGAACUGUCAUCAGUAUCAGAUUAGACUAUCUUUCUGUUUUUAAAGACUGAAAAUUUUUCAUAGAAUUAACAAACGGAAAGACAGAUGCAAUUUACUCUUGACUUGUGGUUCAAUUUACCUUUGGUUAGUUUCAGUUUCCUUUGUUUUGGUUAUGGAAAUGUAUGUUAAUGCUUUUGAAGGAGAGGAAAAUGAAACUUAAACCAGAAUAAAAUUGAACUUCAACAUGCAUAUUUUUUCAAGUUUAACAGAGUCAUAAUUUAAUGUUAAGUUUUUAUUGGCUGAUUGAGAAUUUAAUGGAUGCACUCAUGAUACUAAUGGUCUUACAUGGUUAUCGUAGAAAGUGCUUUCCACUCGUUUAACAUUGGUCUAGUUUAACUUUCACGGCAACAGUUUGGUUUUGUAUAGCUUGCAGCAGAUUAUUGUCGAUUAGGGUUUUGAACAAUCAUGCCUAUAUCUAUUACUUAGAUGAUAACUUGAUAUAAAGUAAACUCUUGAUGACAGUUUCUCCUUCAGCAUGUGAAUUUUUUUUUUCGUUUUGGUGUGGUAGGAGGUAUUUCGCUUUUCAGAAUUCAAUGUGUAACUCUUCAACUCCCAAGAAAGACCAAGACAGAAUUAAGGAGAAAGUAAGGAGAGUUACUUAUAGGAUCUUGGGAGUGAAGGGACAGAGACCUGUAGUGUUUUGUUGCCCUAGCCUUAAGGAACAUGCCAAUUAGCAAUUAAAUUAGACUAACAAAGAACUUAUUAGGUAAUUUUAUUAGAAGGGAAGAGCAGUUCUUGUUCUCGCUGCUAUUACCUAAGUUCGUAAAAUGUUGAAUACUAUUUUAUGGCUAUUCUUUGGUGAAGUGACUUGUGGCUUUGCAUGUUGUGCUUUGCUCUGAUAUGUGUUAAGUAUAAAUAGUGUUUGCAAUAAUUUGCAGAAUUUCUUUAGCAACUUGUUCUCGCUUAGCAGAAAGCUUAUUGAUUGUUUCUCUGUUGCUGUAAUGAAACACCAUAGUGCCUUACUUUAAUUUUCACUUAUAUGUCAGUCAUCAGUUCGCUUAUCUUUCAGAUUAUCCUUUCUGAGCCAAGCUCAGUUCAGGUGUUAAAAGCUACUAAUAUGUACUUCCAUUACUUGUAUCUAUUAAAAAAAUAUAUCUGAUGUAGUGAGACUAUAUGCUCGGAUGAAAUGAUUUCAUGUUGAUAUAUUGUUGCUUUUUUAUGUAAAGAAAAGAUUUAUGGGGAG